GCGCCCAGGCUGGCUGGCGGGCUCCCCCUUCAGGACAAGGCGCGGGAAGGAGCCGAAGAUGGCGGCCACCGCUGCAGCCGCAGCCACCGCCUCGGAACAGCAAAGCUCUAAUGGUCCCGUGAAGAAGUCCAUGCGUGAGAAGGCUGUAGAGCGGAGGAAUGUUAACAAGGAACAUAACAGCAACUUCAAGGCUGGAUAUAUCCCCAUUGAUGAAGAUCGGCUGCACAAAACUGGCUUACGGGGCCGAAAAGGCAAUUUGGCUAUUUGUGUGAUCAUUCUCCUUUUUAUAUUGGCUGUUAUCAAUUUGAUUAUCACGCUCAUCAUCUGGGCGGUGAUUCGUAUUGGGCCCAGUGGCUGUGACAGCAUGGAGUUUCAUGAGAGCGGCUUACUGCGAUUUAAACAAGACUCUGACAUGGGAAUUAUACAUCCAUUGUACAAGAGCACAGUGGGCGGCCGGCGAAAUGAAGAUUUGGUGAUUGUUGGAGAGAACCAGCCAAUUGUGUUUCAGCAAGGGGAAACAAAACUCAGUGUUGAAACAGAUAAAACUUUAAUUACCAGUGAUAUUGGUAUGGAAUUUGUUGACCCACGGACGCAGAACACAUUGUUCAGCACAGACUACAAUACUCAUGAAUUUCAUCUGCCAAGUGGAGUGAAGACUUUGAAUGUCCAAAGAGCGUCUACAGAGAGGAUUACCAGUAAUGCUACCAGUGAUCUAAAUAUAAAGACUGAUGAGCGUGUAGUUGUCCGUGGAAAUGAAGGCGUUUUCAUUAUGGGCAAAACCAUCGAGUUUCAUAUGGGAGGCGAUCUGGAACUAAGGGCAGACAACAGCAUUAUCCUAAAUGGAAGUGUGGUACUCAAUACAUCCCGACUGCCAAGUUAUUCUUACGGAGAACAGUUUAACAACGGCAACUGGGAGCGCUACAAGCUUUGCAUGUGUUUGGAUGGGACUCUAUUCCGUGUUCCAGUGAAGAGCCGCAACAUGGGCUGUCAAACCUCAGUUAAUCCGUGUGGUAAUACGUAUUAAAGGCAAAGGCAGAACAUGACUGAAA